AUGGAAUCCUGUUCCAUGUCCAUCUCAUCACACAAGAGCAGUUUUUCAUUUUGCACCUUGCUACACAUAGAUAUUUGCAAACGCGCCCACGCUCUCACCAGUCGUCUCGCUCCUCUGUCCGUCCCCCCUCCCCCACCCACCGGCGACCUCACCCGCUCCCUCCCUCCCUCCCCGAUCCGCCGCCCGCCCGCCCGCCCGCCGGAGAUGCAUCCCGCCGGCGCCGGGGACUACUCCGCCCCCUCCUACUACCCCCCAUACCCCGCCCCCGCCUCCGCGCCGGCGCCGGCGCCCGCCUACCACCCCUACGACUCCGCGUCGGCGCCGCCGUACUCCCCCUACCCGGCCACCCAGGACUUCGCGCCCGCCUCGUCGUACCCCGCCUACCCCCCGCCGCCCGCCGACCACCACACCCCCCACCACUACCCGCCCGCGCCCCCCUCCGCCGCGGCGCCCUCGCCGCCGCAGCCGUACUACCCCUACGAGCCCCCUCCGCCGCCGUCCCCCCCGCAGCACCACGCCCCCUCGGCCUACCCCUCGCUGGAUCGGGCGGGGAGCUACGGCGGGGGGUACGGAUCCGGCUCGUACGGGCAGCAGGACCAGCUCUACCCCCCGGCGGCGGCGGCGGGCGGGUGGUCCGACGACGGCGCGUACGCGUACCGCGGCGGCGACGCGCCCGAGCCCUACGGCGCCAGGGGCACCGCGCCGAGGCAGGGCUCCGGGAACGCGGCGCUGUUCGAUGAUUACGGGAGGUCGAUUGGUCCCGGGAAGGACAGGGGUGGUGGGGGCGGGGGCGGCGCGGCGAGUCCCAAGGUGGUGAGGGCCGUGCCCAAGGCGGAGACGUCGGAGGAUGUGAGGGGCGGGGUGCAGAAGUUCCGGGUCAAGCUGCUGCCCGAGGGCGCCGGUAGCCCCAUGGAUGUGCUGUGCCAGGUUGGUUUGGAUGGGAUUCGGAUGCUUGAUCCCAACACCAGUAGAACAUUGAGGAUAUAUCCUCUUGAAACUGUGACUAGAUGGGAUGUAUUGGAUUCUUCUGUAUUUGCCUUUUGGUCGAAGAGUUCUGUUGAUCUUGAAGCAAGAAGAAUAAGGCUGAAGUCAAGCAGCUAUACAACCAACACCAUUCUGGACACUGUGACAGCUGCCUCUGUUCAGUUCAAGGAGAUGGCAAGCAGCGUUUCGAGAAGUAAAGCAGCUGCUGAUCCUGCCAGCCCUUCUGAACAGCAAAAUGAGAAGAGGAGGAAUUUCCUUGAUUGGAGGAACUUAGUGAAGCCCGUGACUGAGGAGAAAGACCACUGGGUCCCAGAUGAAGCAGUCAAUAAAUGCACGGCCUGUGCAGGAGAUUUCAGUGCCUUCAACCGCAGGCAUCACUGUCGGAACUGUGGCGAUAUUUUCUGCGAUAAGUGCACCCAGGGAAGGACUCCUCUAACUUCGGAUGCUGAUUCUCAACCAGUCCGAGUUUGCGACAGAUGCAUGGCUGAAGUUUCUCGAAGACUGAGCAGUGCAAAGGAAGCUGCAAAUCGACCUGUUGUUCAGAGCCAUGAGGAUCUCGCCAAAAAACUUCAGGAAGCAAUGGAUAUAAACAAGAAAUCAUCUUCAGGCUCGAGAUCUUCAGACGGAUCUUCUGGCAAGCGAAUGCGGGAGGUCGCAUGCCCCAUCUGCACAGUCCACCUCCAGAUAGACAUCUUGAAGCGUCUGCAGCGACAAGCGUUCUACGACAUAAUGCAGCUGAGGGAUAGGCAAGAGAAGGUCGAGAAGGUGCUCACGCUGUUCAAAUCUCACAAAGUCGGUCCAUUUGCGGAAGAGAGCACCCGGGUCAAGGGCCUCAUCAAUUUCACCGGAGCCCUAGCACUGAACAGCAAAGAAGGCGUGGAACCAUACAGCCCGGAAGCAAAUUCUGGCAUCAGCUCACAGUUUGCGUUCCGGACAAGUGUCCGGAAGAAGGACUCUCUCCUGGCAGAGCUUGCCACCGAUUCCAGAUACUUCUAUCAGGAAAAUGAUCUCAUGGGGAGCCCUCUUGUGCUGUCGAAGGUGAUGUACCUGGCAAACGUCAGCGACCACAUGUCUGUUGCUGCGGUGCCGGUAGGAGCAAGGUGUGAUGAUUUUUCAACCGAUCCAAGCAUCCAAGAGGGGCAAUGGGUUCCCAGCUUCCAUACCUCGCUGAGGCCACCUCUGCUGCUUAAGCGUCACAAGCGCGCUGCUGGCCUGAUACUGAGGUCGCAGAACUUCGCGGCCUCUCUCGCCGAGUUGAUCUCAACAGCUGCGAAAAGCUCGGGUGAAGCCAGCAGCAUCUUCACCGGAUUCGGGCAGAUUUCAUGCAAGAUGUGUGACGACAUAAAGCUGACCAUGUCCGCGGCCUGGCAUGGACCGUCUGCGAUUCCUCGGAAGAGCAAACCGACCGCUGGAGGGUGCCUCGACUUCGAGCUGAAGUUCGACGAGGACUCGAGAUUUGGGGCGUGGGUCGAGGUGAAGAGGUCGAACCCGAGGCAGCUGAAAUGGGCCGUCACGCUGUCGGAUACGCCGGAGAACGACCUAGGCUGGGGCGUGAGCCUGCGGAGAGGCUCCGAGGGGGCGCCAGAGCGGAUUCAGCUAGAAGGGUUUCUCAACUUACAUCUAGGCCAGAAUGCCACCCUGCAGCCUGGUGUCAUGUUCAACCUGGAUGGGAGGCGAUGCGCCCCAGCGCUCGUGUUCCGGUCAAGUUGGUUCUUGUGAGGCCUGAGUGAGUGAGUGAUCCCUCCUGAGGAUGUAGAGAAGCCAUGGUAGAGCAGAGCAAGUAGAAACAAUCAUUUGUGAAGUCUGAAAGAAUGACAGUAAUUAUCAUUGUGUCUGAUGCUAUGAUAGGUUUUGUUAUCAUUAUCAUUGUCUAAUGCUAUGAUUGGUUUUUGUUA